AUGCUCAUCGUAGGUCUAGUAAGUCUAGUAAGACGUCCAUUGGCUUUACUCAAUUUACCGCGAUCGGGACUGCUUAUAAGAAACAUAAGUAGAAUGUCUCUUCCUGCAACAGCUAAUCCAGGUUUAGCUCAAGAGACGACCUUGAAAAGACCAGCUACGGACCAGCCAGUCAAGGAAAAUGACAACAGACCUAACAAAACGAAAAAGAUAAAGCUGAGGAAAUACAAGCCUAAGAAGGUCGAUCAAACAUCUCCGCUGGGUGUACUACAGCUGGAAAUUGAAGAACUUUUGACCAAGGAAGGACUCACCAAAGAUCAAGUCGAAAAUGACAUGAUAGCUGUCCUCAAUCACAAGACCAGUGCUGGAGAGCCCGUAAGUUCGCAGUAUCACCGUGAGGUUAGUGGGGUUUCUGUUUUGCAAAUUGGUGCCAGUGGUGAUGGGCUCGCAAUAAUUGAUCACCCAACAGAAAGUGAUAAAAAGCAAGUCGUGGUAAUCCCAUUUGCUUUGCCCGGUGACAUAGUGACUAUCCGAGUAUUCAAAACGCAUACGUAUUAUGUGGAAAGCGAUCUUCUGCAAGUAACGCAUAACUCUACCUUGAGGAAAGACGAACUUAUCAAAUGUAAAUAUUUCGGGAAAUGCGCAGGUUGUCAAUUUCAGUUUUUGUCAUACGACGAGCAGCUCAGACUGAAGAGAGACACAGUUUUCAACGCUUAUAAGUAUUUUGCGCCAAAGCUCAUCGAGGGAAAUCUGGUACCGGAAAUAGGCACAACUGUACCAUCACCUAAAAUGUACGACUACAGGACAAAGUUGACCCCGCAUUUUGACAUGCCCAAAAAACUAAAAAAACUAGAGAACAGGCCGCCGCUUGGAUUCGGGCAGAAGGGCAGACCCAGCUGGCGUGACACUGACGCGGGUGGAAACAGGAGCAUCCUUGACAUCGAAGAAUGUGUUAUUGGAACCGAAAUUUUGAAUCACGGCAUGGCUAACGAGCGUAAAAAGUUUGAACGCGACUUCGAAAGUUACAAGCGCGGUGCCACUAUUUUGUUGAGAGAGAACACCCGUGUUUUAGACCCCAGCAAAGGCGUUUUAGAGCAACUGGAUGAGGCAUCUCGAGAUUUUGAAACGGGAGAGAAAACUUUUGUGGAGCUGACAGAAGACAAGCCUCUGGCCAAGACGUGCGUUACGGACUCGAGACAGGUUGUUACAGAAUACAUCAACGGCUAUACGUUUGAGUUUUCUGCGGGUGAGUUUUUCCAAAAUAACAAUAGCAUUCUGGGUAAGGUGACCGAAUAUGUUUGUGAGAAUCUUCAGAUCCAGGGUUCGAGACCCGAGGACCCGCACUAUCUAGUUGAUGCUUAUUGCGGCUCGGGAUUGUUCAGUAUCACAGCAUCGAAGGGUGUUGAUAAAGCGAUCGGCGUAGAGGUAUCCGCAGAUUCGGUGGCCUUUGCGGAAAGAAACGCACGCGCAAACGGCGUGGAAAACUGCAAAUUUGUGGUCGGGAAAGCCGAGUGCAUUUUUGCGUCUAUUGACACCCCGCAAGACCGCACAUCGGUGAUUUUGGAUCCUCCGAGGAAGGGUUGUGACGACGUUUUUCUCAAGCAGCUCGCCGUGUACAAUCCAGCUCGUAUCGUGUACAUUUCCUGCAACGUGCACUCUCAGGCUCGAGAUGUGCAAUACUUUUUGCAAGACACAGACAAUGGACCAAACUACAAGAUCGAGAGCCUACGUGGUUUCGAUUUCUUUCCACAGACUCAUCAUGUCGAAAGUGUGUGCGUGUUGACGAGAGUAUGA